UGAUAUUGUGGCUGCUGUGGGUAGUUGGUGUAACGGCCGUCGUUUGAAUUUUGUUGUGGUGGAAGAGGAAGUGGUGUCGAUCGCAUUGGUUGAUGUUGCUGUUGCGGGAAUGGUUGGUGUUGCUGUGCUUGCACGGAAUAAGCUACGAUAUGUUGCUGUGCUUGCGGUUCCUGCUGUUGCGAAUAAUGAGGAGGGGGAUGGUACUGCUUGGAUGUUCGCUGCCCCACCAUCGGUGCCGGUGCUGGUCCCACUACGAGUAUAGGCGCUGGCAUUUUGCCAUCGUCGAUCGGGGCGGGUGCCCCCCGUUGUCCGGCUCUUUCGUUGUUGUUUCCUGCUUGCCACACCUUCCAAACGCCGUCUUCCCAAAAAUAUCCCUGGCUUGGCGAAGACUGCUGUUCGAGUUUGGUAGUGGUGUGUGUUCCCUGUUGUAGUGGAGGCAGCACAUACUCGCUGCUUUGGUGCUGCUGCUGUUGUUGAAUCACUCCCCUGGCUGGCUGCAAUAGUUGUAUUGGAGGCGGCGACAAUCCCGAUGCCGCCGCCGCCAAUGUGUGCAUAUGAUUCCGCGGUUGCGGGUGUCGUUCCCGGUGCACGGCGUCGGAUAUGGAAGCCGCUGGCGAUGGCUCCGCCCCUAGUAUUUGAUGCUGUGGUGGCACCGCUGUGGUUACUCUCUGGUCCCCGAGAGAUGGUGGCGGCCCUGCAGUUGAUGGUGAUGGUGGUGGUGGUGGCAGCGAGGAAAACCCCCCUUGUUGCCGAUUGUGUUGUGAUUCGGCCGGCGCGUUGGCAGUGGACAUGGCCGCAGCGUUUCGAAUGGCAUCGUCGACGCCCCUUUGUCCUGAUUGAAGUGGGUUUUGGUGCUGGUGCUGGCGCUGUAGCCUCUGCUGUCUAAUACUGGCGCCCGGUGCAGCGGGAUCCGGAGGCGAUGACAACCUAGCGAAGGGUGUUCCCGUGCAUUUUUCGAUGUAUACGGCCGCUUUUUCCCUAGUCAUCUCAUACGAUUGAUACCGAAUCGUGUACUUCGUGUUGCCCAGGAUGAUUUCCAUUCCCGGAGGCAGCGGCAUGGGCGCUGAGGAAUUGUGGAUGCUGCCGCUUGUCGCGUUGUAUAGCCAGGACGAUAGCGAACCGUCUUGUUGCUGCAAUGAAGCUUCCUGUGAGAUUUGUGGCAGCGACGGUGGUGGCUGCUGGUAGAUUGACUGUUGCCGGUGCUGCGCUAUCCCAGCGACACCAGGUGCUUGGCCGCUCCCAUUGUUGGAAGCAGCGGGAACUGUUUGGUGAUAAAUCUCAGUCGCCGUUGUUGUCUGAUCCACGAACAUCGUUUGCUGUGGUGCCAUUGGCAUUCCCGACAUUGUCCUCCGUAACUCUCUGCCGGCCUCUUCGGUUCCCUUUGUUCCGUUUCCCCCCCGCCUGCGAAAUCGCAAUCGGUUUUCUACUCUCCUAGCUAGCUGUCUCACAAGGGAACCGGCACGACGGCGAUCGAGACUACAGCAAUCCACACUUCCCGACAGACAAUGAUGGUGUGUUUGACAUAGUAGCGCAGAACCGAAAAAUACCAGUCCCAAUAAUAUUAUAGUAGUAAUUUCGUUCUUGGUAUGUUCCACGAUUACUAGAUAUAAAUGAUGCCGUCCUUAUGUUUCGUUGCGGAACAAUUGAUCACGUUAAAGGAAAACAUCUGUUACUGAUGAUGGAUUGGUUGGAUGUUUUUCCUCACUAGCAUGACUCUAGACACUGGUGUGGACCAUGUAUGCAGACGCUGCUACGGUUGCCGUUGAGAGCUCUCGUUUGUGCACGAGAAUCUUUGCGAAGAUAAAAUGAUUAGAAAGUCGUACGAUCGUGCCGUUCUCGUAGCACAUGCAGCGGUGGUCGUUGACGAAGAGGAGAACGGCGCCCAUGUGUGCGCAAAGUGUAGGAGUUUUGUGUUUUAGGCAUGCUCCGAAAUAAUGAACGAAACCGUGUCGACCAACCCUCCCCAUGGUACAUCUUGCCGUAUGGCUUAAGCCGGUUGAUUUCAAAUAUUAUUUACUUAUUGCUGUUGUAGUCGCAACCACAUGAAGAUACACAUGAAAAAACGGGGAGGAGAGCUUCACUUUUCUCAAUCACGACUCGAUCGAAUUAUUGCCCAACGAAGGGGAAUUUUCUUUUUACCUCGGGAUCGCCUGAAGACUUUGUACGAGUGUUCUGAUUUUACGUUCAAGUAAUCGGACAAGAAUUUCAACGGUAGUACUAUCAUACGGUUCAUACACAAUGUUCGGUGUCCAUGAACAUAAGAAUUCAUCCUACUGUAUGAACCGGACCGACUUUGACUGGCUGCAAUCACCAUCAGGGAUCUCGGCAAUUCCGUACGAUCCCGGUUCGUAGGGCUGCCAACCAAUGCGGAGCACAGAUGAUGAUGUGCCCUUGAUGCCAACAACGGUCUCCAAACCCACCCCAUCAUCGAAGGCACGGUGCUACAGUAUCCCAUGACCGUGUCUACCCAUGCCUGUUUCCCGUUCGGAUGCGAUGUGAUCGAAUCCGAUCCAUUUUUGCCGUUGCCGAUCGGAAACAAGAAUGUUUUGGUGUGCAUCAUAUUUUUUGAAGCCAUGCAAACGGACCCACCAUGCUUUCGGCAGACGGCAUCCCGCCCCUCGUGUUGCGGCACCGUAGUUGGUUUGCUAGCAAACAAGGCCCUAGUGCACGGGCAUAUCGCUUGCGGCACACGCCGUUCCGGAAGGCUUUGUGCAAUGUCCCUUACUGCAAUGGCACUCCGCGCCCGUGUGUUCCGGGGCGGACAUUCCCAUGCGAGGCCACGUACUGCCAUCGACGCACAAUUCACCCGCUGUUGCUGCGCAGCAUUGUCGUCGUGCCGGGUCUGCCGGGAUUGUUGUUGCGGACUCUAGCUGGCAUUUCGAACC